UAUCCUUCCAGCGCUCUUCGCUUCCUGCCUGGCGGAGGGAGGGGACGGUGCUGACGGCUGGGAGGACGAGCUGAACGUUAAGAAAGCCUUGGCAAAGAGAUAAGAAACGAGGGAAAAGGGCCCGAGGUUUUUGCCUUCCAUCGGGAAAACGUAUUGCUCGACUCUGAUUAGCACCCCAAGCAAGUACAAUGUCGUCCAGUCGUCAGUUUAGUGAGAGCAGGGCCAUCCCGACCAGGACGGUGCUGAUCAACGACUCAACGCAGCUACCUCACGACUAUUGCACCACUCCCGGAGGCACUUUAUUCUCCACCACCCCGGGAGGAACUCGAAUAAUCUAUGAUCGCAAGUUCCUGUUAGACCGGCGUAACUCACCCAUCGCCCAGACUCCACCAGCACACCUGCCGGUUAUUCCAGGAGUGACAAGCAUGAACGUCCUGAAUGAAAACAAGAGGAAUGAGGCUAAAAACAUCAACAACCAUGAUGCCAAGCCAGGGCAAGGUGAAGAUGCUCAGUUUGAGAUGGACAUCUAAAGAAGAGGAACCAACUUGAAGAUUAAUUACCUGGUACCUGUGUGCCAGUGGCUUGGCUUGUAGAAACCAAUGUUGUGAGCCCUCUCCUUUAGCUCUCUCUUGCUGCUGGGUGCUGCAUAAUCAUGGGGAUAAAUGACAAAAGUUUGCCCAGUGGGGCUGCUGGAUCCCUUCCAUCCAAAACAAUUACUAGAAUUUUUUUUUUUUUUUUAUUUUAAAGGGACAGCAGGAUUAUCACCACAGUUUUGAUUAAAAAAAAUGAAAGGAUUCUGUAUUCAUUCCAGGUCUUUUAUAUCAGUUAAAACAGUUUUAGGUAAAACAGGUGUUUGUUCAGCUCAGAACAAUUGUUUUAUAGAAUUGGCCAAAAACAGACCACGGACCUUAAUUACUACUUUAGAUAGGAUCACGAUGCCAAACAAAUUUUCUAGUUUUAUUUAGAACUACCCCAAAAUUUGCAUUUCAGUCCACAGCCUUCUAAUUUACUUUCGCCCUUUUAGCAGGUUAAAUUUAAGUUAUGAUAUCUGAUCGCAAUUUUGAAUGACAAAACGUUUACUUUUGGUCAGAGAGAAUGUUUCUGUUCAGAUUUGUCCUGUUAACAGUGUGAUUUGUACCUACCUUUGCAUGGCGAGACACUUGAAGCGUCAACAUCAGCUCUGAAUUCACACUCUCUGGUUAAAGGUAGACAUUACCAAGUACUGUUGAACUGAUCAAGGGUUUAAGAUACUUUUUAAAACAAUGACAAAAAGAGAGCUGGUCUCAGGAAGCACUUGCAUUAUGUACCUAAUAAGUACACAUCUUACGGCUCCUUUCAUGGGAGAAAUAGCACGGUGAAUAUUUAACAUUAAUAUCAGCUGUGACAUCCACUGUCACUUUCCGAUUACUACAAUCCUUAUGAACCUUGAUAAUCAAAUCAAAGGUAGGAAAGCACUGAAGUGUUGUUUUGGUCAUUUUACUAUUGUCUGUCUCACAGCCACACAAUGUGAACGAUUCUUUUAAAGAUGGAUAGUUUUGUAGUGACCAGACAUUCAUAUUUUCAUUCAGAUCAAACAUCUUGAAAACUUGAAUUGAAUCUUUCCAAUGCUCUUCUAUGCAUGUUCUUUUGGUCUGCUUCUUAGUCUAGUUUAGUUCACUCGUCAGAUCAUUUAAAUGUUGAGUUUUUUUUGGGGGGGGGGGGGGGGGGGAUGCCAAAUCUUGUGGAAGAUGAGAAGGUUUGAUUAAUAUUGAAAGAGAAUUAAGCAAAGAGAUUAUCCAAACAAAGUGACUUAAAGAGGAUAAGACUUAUUCUCAUGACUUUAAUAGUCUCUUUCUGUGCUCCAGUCAUUCUCUGAAGCACAGUUUUUUCUCUCUCACAGUGAUCUCUUGUGCUUAGCCUCUGUAUACAUGCCUUACUUUACUAAGCUGAGCAGCUGUGUCAAAUACUGUUCCCUUUCAUACCUUAAAUAGUGGAUCAGUUCAUUCUGUUUGAUUUCUUUCCAACUCUCAAGUUGAGGAUAAGAUCAAAUAUUGCUAUGUUUUACUAGAAAACAUUAUAUUUUUGGAAACAUGUUUGUUAUUAUUUACUGUCUUACAGAGAUAGAAAAUUUUGCCAAUACAGCAGUGUAAUAUUUGUAAUGGUAAUGGAUUGGUUCAAAUAAACGCGGUUUAGGUUUGACUUUGAUCGGUUGCAGUUAACUUUCUAUGAAAUAUUCAACACUGGUGAUAUCCUUGACAAUUAGAUGCACAUUUUCAUUUCCGGUUUGAUUCAUAGACUUUUCUAAAAGUCAUAUUAAAGUAAUAAUGAUUUACAGUAAAGGGAACUUGAUAUACUGUCCUUCUGUAAUACAUUUGUCUAAUCCCAGCUUGUUUCAGCUCUGAAAUAUGGACAUUUAGUUAUUUUUUUUUAUUAUUUUUUUAAAGAUCACUGCUUACUUUUUCUUCAUACUUUCCCCAGGUCUCAGAAACUUUCAGAAAUGCAUUUAGCUCUUCAAUGGGAUUUAGGAUGAAUGUUUGAUCUAAUGUGGCAGAAAUUGGAAACUGUAUUUUCUUUCUUCUCUGAGACCUUGUCCAAUUUAAUUUUUACUGGCCAAUGCUAGUGGACACUGUUACUGCAAGAUCAAUAAAAGUUCCUUGAUAUCAA